GUCAUCGAUGUCGACAGUGUGUUGUCUGAUCAGAGAAAAGUAUAUACCUAACAGGUUUAACAUUUUUGUUGAAAAGAACGUAGCAUUUGCGCUUCUUUAUCUGUUCUCAUUGAAAUUUAAAUUUUUUAAUAAUGACAAAAAAUCUUAUUAUUGUUUUUUUCAUUAUCGGUGCUACAAAUGCAGUUUUCACUUGUCCAAAAAAAGAUGGUCAAUACGAAGAUCCUGUACAAUGUGAUAAAUACUAUGAUUGCGAAGACGGUAUUGCAACAGAAAAGUUAUGCCCAGAUGGACUGGUUUUUGAUCCAUUAAAUCGUAAAAUAAAUAAAUGUGAUCAACCUUUUAAUGUUGAUUGCGGGGAUCGUACAGAAUUACAACCUCCUCAGCCAAAUAAGAAAUGUCCUAGAAAAAAUGGAUUUUUUCCUCACCCAGAUAACUCAAUUUGCGAUGUCUUUUAUAAUUGCAUAGAUGGAGAGUCAGUCGAAAUCACUUGUACAACUGGCUUGCAUUUUGAUGAAUACUCUGGUAUAUGUGUGUGGCCAGAUAGUGCCAAUCGUCAGGGCUGUGGGGCAGUAAAUAAGACUCUUAAAGAUGGUUUUGAGUGUCCAAAAGAGCAACAAAUUGAUGACAGAGGUCAGGUUGUCGAUCAUCCAAAAUAUGCUCAUCCUGAAGAUUGUCAAAAAUUUUACGUUUGCUUAAAUGGAGAUACUCCUCGCGAGCAAGGUUGUAGUGAUGGCACUGUCUACAAUGAAGAUCAGCAAAGAUGUGAUGUACCAGAAAAUGUACCAGGAUGUGAGGAUUGGUACAAAACAGAUGAAAAAAAGGCUUAAAUUGAUUUACACUAACUAUUCACUAUUAGAUGAUAUUGUCCAUGUGUAACUCUAUCAUCGAUACAAAUUGGCAAACAUAAAUUUCAUCACCCUGAAUAAUAUAAUUUUAUUCGAUAGAUUCAGCGUGACUUGAAUACAUCUUAAAACUAAAAUAAAUUGAUCGCAUAAAGUUGUGGAGUACUGUUACAUACACAAUAAGCUUAGAAAUGGAUAUAUUAUUAAACUAUGUAUUUAUAUGACAUGUAUUAGAUCUUAAUUUAGGUAAACAUUUUUUUUAAUAUUACUGAACUGAACCUAAUGACUGUAGACAAGUAAAAGGUAUCAAUAAAUACUCAAUAAUAA